AUGGCGCCACCAUGCGCGGGCUGUCUUCAACAAAUAACAAAUAGACGAUAUUUGAUGUGCAAUUUAUGCCACAAUAAAUACGACCUAAAGUGUGCAAACAUAACAACGCCCAACUUUCUGCGGCUAACAGUAGAAGACAAAACAGCUUGGAAUUGUCAACUCUGCCGCUGUAAAAAACCAAAAGGAGAUAACACAAACACUCCUAUUCGUCCAGUAGAAUCAAAUCUAACCAAAAGGAAUACCUCACCUGGAAAUAAAAAAACCGAUGGAAAUGCUUCCUUGUAUCAGAUACUUGCUCUGGAAGACACCAAUAACGACUGCACCCACAUCGACGACGAAAUAAGCGUAAUAGGCGAUACAUUCCAACCACAGAGUCCUAACAUACCACAUUCGCAAAUUGAUACUAUGCUCAAUAAGUUGGAGACAUUAAUAGAUCAGAAAUUCGAACAUAACAAGCUAUGCGUAAUUACCGAGAUUAAACAAUUAAUUGCAGCUGAAAUCUGUAAGGCUCUCAACGGAAUAAAAAUAGAAUUCUCAACAAACUUCCGAGAAAUUACUCAAGGCGUUAAUAACAAUAAAGUUGAAAUAAAUAACUUGACUAAACAGAUAGAAAAUCUAGAAACCAUAUGUUUCUAUACGAAAUACAAAACCUAAAACUAACAGAAACUACCUUAAACAUAACUGAAACUACCAACUAAAAUACCAAAUUAAUAACGAAAACUCAAAGAAAAUUGUACUCUAUGGAUUCCCCGAAAACUACAAUGAAACUGAUUGCGAACUCCAAAGCAGGAUAAUUGAGUUGUUCUACGAAAUCCUUGAAUUAGACCUUACGGGUUACAUCGAAGAAACAUACAGAAUAGGAAGAAGUAAUAUAAAAAACCGUCCCUUAGUCAUCGAACUUCUGAGCAAAAGAACAGCAAAAUACAUAAUUGAAAAUGGGCAUUACUUUCAAGGAACAAGAAUUUACGUUUCUGAAUUCUUAAAUGAUUACGCCCGUAAUGAAAGAAAAAUACUACGUGACGAAAUGCUAAAAGCACGUAAAAACGGUCUGCACGCAACAAUAAGAAACAACCAAUUGUUCAUAGAAGGAAAAAGAAUAUUGGUUAACAAGGAAAUAACAAAUACCCAAAACAAUGCUGAAAGUAACGACGAAACAAUAAACAACUGCGUAUCUUCUCCCACUACAAAAAACAAUACGUAUGCAACUAACAGAGGAGAUACAAAUCGUAAAAAUUAUAAUUUUCGAAACCACGGACCAAGAAUUUAA